AUUUGAGUGAUUCAGCUAUAUCCAUAAGUGUAGAUAAACAGGACAAUGGGGUUCUAACACUGUAUUUUAAUAACUUUUCAGUACCAUCAGUUUCUCAUUAAAAACAUGACCUUCUAUCAUCUCAGGGCUUCUGCUCCUCUUCGGUAUAUUUCACAAAGAAAUGUGGAAUCUGACCUAAAGUGUCAGUUACCUAUUCUUAUAACUAUUCUUAUUUUCCACAACUAUUACACAUAUUAGCUUUUUAAAUUUUUUUAUCUUGUAUUUGUAGAUCACUGGUCCACUGCCUGCAGUUAACAUCACAAAGCUUUCUCUGCAAAUCCUUCCAACCAGCUUCAGAGAUCACACUGUCUUGGGCACAAAUCGUUGAGUAAUGGGUGACUUGAAUUUAAAAGUUCAACUUCUUCACAGCUACCAAGGAUACUUUUUCGCUGAGACCUGUCUUUUCCCUGUAAAUGCCAAAUUAACAAAAGCAUCUGAGGGUGGGUACAAGAGGGUCAGGAGGGUGUGUUGAGAGUGACAUCAACUGAGACAAUAAAAGGGCUUCUAAGUUACUUAGAAGCUCUACUUUAGAGUUACAUUUAAGGAGUCCACUAAACCAAUUCAGUAGUCUUUAAAUAUACUUGACAUCAAGAGACAGACAUCUGCCGGCAUACCCAAACGAGCAAUCUGUUUAAGAUAGUAUCUGACGAAAUGACUUCUAUAAUAAAUCUGGCUGAGACUACAAUGAUCUUAUAUGCCAUAUGCUUUUUUACAAACUCUGAUGGAAGACCAGUGAUGAAAAGAUCAGUGAGUGAGAUGCAAUUAAUGCAUAACCUCGGAGAGCAUCGACACACCGUGGAAAGACAGGACUGGCUUCAGAUGAAACUGCAGGAUGUGCACAGUGCCCUUGAGGAUGCUAGGACCCAGGGGCCUCGAAACAAGGAUGAUAUUGUCCUGGGGGAGAUAAGAAGUCGGAGGCUGCUCCCUGAGAACUUGCGGGCACCAGGGCAGAAAAAAAACAUCAAUCUGGACAAAGCUUACAUGGAUGUACUCUUUAAAGCAAAGCCAUAAUGAAAAGACCAAGAGCAUUAUAUCUGUCCAAGUAAGCAUGUGUCUGUAGAUCACUGAUCAAAUAGGGCAGUUUAUUAUUAUUUAUUUAAACUAAAAUAAGGAUUAAAGGCUCCUUUCAAGACUGUAGCCCCACUGAGU